AUGAGUGAUGGAAGGAAGAGACUUAGUGGCGCUGAGUACAGGAAAAAGGCCAAAAUAAAAAAAGAUGAACAAGAACAUGCACUUCAGAAGACCAGGAAAAUAGAAGCUUUUUUUAAAAGUGAAAAUAGCAGCGAGAGUUUACGUAUUGCACAAGAGAACUCGAGGACUAGUAGUAAUAAGGGAAAUAAAUAUGAACAAGGUUCUAUUCCGAUUGAGGUGAAGAGUCUGUACCAUCGUAAUCAGUCAGAUCAGUCGUGUUCAGUAAAACCUGCUCAUCCUCCUGAUUCUGACACCGAAAGACCUUCAACAAGUGGCAGUAAUAUAAAGUCAGACAGCGAAGAAAUAGCUAUUGUUGCGACGUUUAUUGAAAUUGAAUCAACCAUAAAACUAAACAGAGAUUAUUUCAGAGUGAACACCUUUUUGGUGAUCCUUGAUAGACUGAGAGCUGAAAUACAGAGAAGGCAUAAUGCUUACUUAAACUUUGAGGAAAAAUUUUCAUUUUUAACAAAAAUGACUGAACUUUCAACACAAAGAGUUACAGAAAAAGCCGAGUCUCUCGUGAAAUAUUAUACCAAUGAUUUAGAGGACGAUUUGAUUCAAGAAUGCGGCAUUUUCACAGUCACAUUUGCUCUGAUAAAACUGCAGAGUGUGCAGUGA